AUGUUCCGCAGCCAGGAGAAGCACCAGGGCUACCAGGGGACCUCGUGGGGCCUCUACAACAUUUCCUUCGACGGCGGGCGCGCGCUGCUGUCGUGGGCGCAGCGGCUCAGCAGCAGCAGCGAGGCCGUGGCCAACGCCGUGCGGCUGGGGCAGCAGCAAACUGCAGCAGCGCAGUACCAGGCCUGGGCGGCGCAGUGUCCUGCUGCUUGCCAAGACGCCUUGACCACGAGGCUGGCCUGCUACCGCCGGCUGGCCAGCGUCAGCACUUUGCUGCUGGGGGCCUCUGCGCUGGGGGGGGCCCUCGCGCUGCUGGCCGUGGGCUGGUUCUUCCUCUUCGGCAAAAUGGCCUACUUGAUCGUGUCUUGCUGCUUCCUGGGGGGCCUCCUGUGCUGCAGCGUGGGGGGCUACUGGCUGUGGGAAACGGGCACUUGCUGGAACAUGAUAGUGCUGUCGCAGCAGUUCCCGCUGCCGCGGCUGUCCACGGCCUUUUACUUGAUGGCUGCGGGCGCGGGGCUCUACUUUGCUGCUGCUGCUGCUGGCUUUGCUGCUGAGCUCCUCGACAGGGCCCGGGAGAGGCAGGCCAAGGAGCUCCUCAAGAGGCAGGCGCUGCUGGAGGCUGCGGGGGGCCCCGACGCCUUCGCUCCCGGCAUCCUGGGGCCCCCCGGCAUGCCCCCCGGGCUCCUCCAGGGGGGCCCCCUCUUGGGGGGGCCCCCCCUCGUCGGGGCCCCGGGCAUGCCCCAGAUGGGGCCCCCACCCAUCGGCGGACCCAUGGCCAGGCCCCCCAUGCUGGGGGGGCCCAUCGCACCCAUGGGCGGCCCCAUCGGCGGGCCCAUCCCGGGGGGCCCCUUGCCCGGGGGCCCCAUCCCGGGGGCCCCCAUGCCGCCGGGGCCCAUGAUGCCAGCCAUCGGCAGGGGCCUCCCCAUGGCCGCCAGGCCCACCGUCUUGGGGGGGGCCCCCAUUAUGGGCGUCCAGGGAAAGGCGCCCCCUAUGCACAGCCCCAGCCUCAGGCCGCCCAUGUAA